AUGGUUGACCCGAAUAUCAGUUUCAGCGUCGAGGUGCACGAUGCAAGAAGCACGGACGUGUGCACGAAACGUCCUGCCUGCGUCCUGCGCACUAUUGCCGGAAGCAGCACUGCGUACAAUAUUUCGAAUUUCCGCGAGGUGCCUGAAGUCGUUUCACCCUUCGCCGACAUUGAUGUCAAGUCGCCCGCCGGCACUAUGCAGGGUAACGAGGCCAUCUUUCCCCGGAGCACCUUGCUCACUCCGUCGAGCUCGCCGAAUGCGGACGAAACAAUGCGCCGUAACUGGCGUACGCGUCGUUCCCGGCAGCCGCCUGUCGAGCACCCGUCUGCGCUCACCACUUCGCUCACGCCCUUCAGUAACCCGUCAUUUGAUGGCGUCGACCGAGAAAACCCCUUCGACUUCGAGAUCCGCCCGCCGCCCCUCUCCGUCAGGUGCCGUCUGACGAGCGAGACCAUAAGUAGCCCGCGCGCGAUGAUGCUGACGCUGAGUCGAACGAUCUCUGACCCUGAAUCCAUCCCCGGGAUCAAGGCGCAUGCGCACGAGGGUGAAGACAGGACGAGCAUCGUUCACCGGUGCUGGAAUUCUGUGGACCUACAAUGCUGA